CUGAUUUUUUUGCGCGCGUUCUAAAAUCCAAGUUUCAAAGCGGAAGAUCCAUUUGCAAGUUGCGCUUUGAUGGCACAUUUUCUAUUACGUUUGGCAAGUUACGCAGCGUCAGAGCGCACUGGAACAAACUUUAAACGCUUAACCAGGAGAUUUUUCCUCAAUAUUUAUUUUUUAUUUUUAGUAGAAAUCAAUGAAGGUGAGUCACCGCUCGCCUGAGGGGUUCUGCCUGUUUUGAGGGUCUGGAUUGGAAAAGCGACACAAGGGAGGUCGUGAUCAGUGCUGAAGGAUUGCACUAUUGGAUAUCAAGACGGAGCGGGCGCGCGGAUGAGCCAACAUGGGUCAUAUGCUGAAUGAUGGACGAGUGACACACCUCCUCUUUCCACUCCUCCUCCUUUUGCGAGCUCCCUUGUUGUUCAGCUUUGGUGAGCGCACAUGCCCAAAUAGCUGUCGAUGUGAAGGGAAAACUGUUAAUUGUGAUUCAUCUGGCUUCUUGGAUGUCCCAGAAAACAUUUCAGUUGGGUGCCAGGGCCUCUCCCUGCGCUAUAAUGAACUGCACAGCCUGUUACCAUAUCAGUUCGCUCACCUGGGUCAGCUUCUCUGGAUAUACCUGGAUCACAAUCAGGUUUCAGCAGUCGACAGUCGGGCAUUCCAGGGAGUUCGUAGACUAAAAGAGCUAAUAAUGAGCUCAAACAAGAUCACUUCUCUGCACAAUUCAACAUUCCAUGGAAUUCCCAAUCUUCGCAGUUUAGACCUGUCAUACAACAAGUUGGAAAUCCUGCAGCCGGGACAAUUUCAUGGUUUGCGAAAGUUGCAAAACCUACACCUGCGGUCAAAUGGUCUCUCUAACAUCCCCAUACGAGCAUUCCUUGAGUGCCGAAGUUUGGAGUUUCUGGAUUUGGGCUACAAUCGAAUCAAGGCUCUCACACGCACUACCUUUUUAGGGUUACAGAAACUGAUGGAGUUGCAUCUUGAACACAACCAGUUCACCCGGAUAAACUUUUUUCUAUUUCCUCGUCUUGCUAAUCUUAGAUCACUAUAUCUGCAGUGGAACCGCAUCAGGGUCGUCAAUCAAGGACUUCCAUGGACAUGGUAUACACUGCAGAAAAUUGACCUGUCUGGAAAUGAAAUCCAGACCCUGGAUCCAGCUGUGUUCCACUGUUUGCCCAACCUUCAAGUUCUCAACCUGGAAUCCAACAAACUGUCCAAUGUGUCACAGGAGGCGGUGUCCGCAUGGAUCUCACUGACUUCCAUCAGCCUUGCUGGCAACAUAUGGGAUUGUGCCACUGGCAUAUGUCCACUGGUGGCUUGGUUAAGAAAUUUCCGUGGCACCAAAGACACCACUAUGAUAUGCAGCAGCCCAAAGCAUCUCCAAGGAGAAAAGAUUAUAGAAGUUACAAGAAACCAUGGCAUUUGUGAGGAAACCGAUUACGUUCUGACUGAGACCCCCUCACCAAUGUCAGAGCUUUUUUCUGAAGCCACCAAUGAGCCAACAUUUGCCCCCACAAGUGGGUCUCCACUCGCGCCACCAACCUUUGGUCCACACCCACCUUUUAGACCUCAACCUAUUCCUCAUCCUACAUUCCCAGGGCAUAUGAGCAAAGAUCCAAGAGACUCUAUCGCACGUAGUCGGCCAACUCACAUACUCCCCCCAGAGAUGGAACAUAUGACUCUACACAAAGUGGUUGUGGGCAGUGUGGCACUCUUCUUCAGCAUGUCUCUAAUUUUGACCGUUAUCUACGUAUUGUGGCGGCGGUACCCAGGUGCAACCAGAUUGCUCCACCAGCGAUCCAUGGUGGGGCGAAAAUGUCGCAAAAAGAGUCCAGAGCCGGAGCAGGACCUCAGCACCCAGCUGCAAGAGUAUUACAUGAGCUACAACCCUGCUGCCACUCCGGAGGCAUUGGAAGUGCUUGGCAACGGCACUGGCUCCUGCACUUGCACAAUGUCUAGCUCCAGGGAGUGUGAGAAUGAGUACACGUGUCGACGCCCACUACCCAGUGCGUGGCUGGGCGAUCUGCCUACCAUCCAUUAGAAGAAACUGCUUUGGAUCGUGCUGGGAACAACAUACUAAUUCAACAUACAAUCUAUAAUUGCAGAGAGAAUUACAUAGAGAAGAGCAUAAGGAUCAAAUUGAAAUGAUUCCCUAAAAAAAACUUACUGGAAAAUUGCGUUGCAAGAAUAAAUGGUUAUGACUCCGUCUACUUCUAGUAUUAGUUUCUGGUACUGAUGGCCUAAUAUGAAAAAAAAAAAUAAACCCUCACAAUAACUACUGGGAAAUGACUGAUCUCAACCACAAUUGCUUAUCGUCUCUAUGAGGACAACGUGGUUGGUUUCGAGGAUCAAGACUGUACAUAUGCAAAAUUGCUUUAAAAGGUUUACUGAUUAAUAUGCACUCAUCAAUGAGCUUUGACUCCUCCACUGACAGAGUGUGAGUAAUUGAAGUGGAUUUUGAUACCAUUCGAGCAUUAUGACAGACUUUUCUUUCUUCAUGAAAAGACUCAUUCAAGGCUUGGAUGGUGUAUACAGUAUGUGCCUCACAGGAUCUGUUUUUGCACCUGUUGUUAAAGAUGAAUCAGGUUGCAGGUGGUAAGAAGAGAAAAGUCAAAAGAGAGAAGAAUAGCCAGAACUGAGACUAUCCCAAGCCAAUGACUUUUGUUGUUGUGCAUUUGUAAUUUAUUAUUAUGAUUAUUUGUACAUUUUAUUUUUAAUGUGGUUGCGAAUGCCGAUCAGACCCUGUCUCUCUGGUUUGAUAUAAUUGAAAGAAAAUGCAAUCAGAAGUAUAAGUAGUGGAAAAAAGAAAACACUCAUCAUGAAUGAAUUGUACUUUUCUAAGAGUAUAAUGUUAUUAAUGAUGUACUUUAAGGCUAUUUGUUUCUGCCGCUUUUAACCUUAAACACCAAAUGCACUGCUUUUGAUGUUGUCACUCCUAGUCAUGACUCCAUGUCUUUCUGAAAUAACUUUGAAAUCUUAAUGAAGCAAUCUCUUCUCGUGUUUUGUUUAUGUUUUGUUCCUUUGCCAUCCUAGAACAUGUCAGAAACAUCCCAUUAACGUGAUGUGUGACGUAGAAUUAAUGGUUUCUUCAUCUUACCUUCUAAGUGCAUUCCAUUCUUUUUCAGUGCCACAUCGAUGAUAAUGUGUUGGCCUAAAAUGAGACCUGGACUCAUUGGUAUUGAUUUCUGUGGGGACAUAAUCAUUUAAAAUGGGAAUGAGAAAAGCUAAACAUGUGCAGACAUGACAUACUUAAUUUUCACAAAGUUGCAGUUCUGUGCCAAUAGAGGUAAUGUGCCAUGCUAUGAGAGAGGCUGUUCUCACAAGAAUUUAGUAGAAUUUUGUAUGAAAAUGUAAAAAGCUCCAAAGCUAAUAUGCCUUUUGGGGUUCCUUGUAGUUUUUGUGCCUCAUCCCCAUAACUCUAAACAACUAUGAAUCAAUGUAAUUAUAUAUAUUUUUUUCCCCCCUAAUUGUUGCUCCAAAACAUAGCAGAGUAUGCCCACCGCAUGUUUGUGCAUUAUUGAGUCUACUAUGUGGAUUUGAGCAGGUAGCUUGUUAGACUGUUCAUUGUGGUAUGAUUCACAAAGUAACUCACAAUGCAAUAUUAUCAUAAUAUGGUAUGAUAUUAACAGUACAAUAAUAACAUUUUAGUGUUUUACAGUCAAAAACAAGCAUGAUGCAUCCUUGCUUCCUUUGAGGAAGGAAAAUAAAUCACACGACCAGUCUUAACUUGUAUAGUUUUUACAAACUGUAAGAUCCUUGUCAAAAAUAACUGUCCCCCUACUUCUACUAUUAGUUUCUGGUACUGAUGGCCAGUGCAUUUGGUGUGAAGAACAGGAUGAAGACUAUUGUCAAUAUUGGAAUGUAACGCACACCACGCCAAGAUCUUCCUCCCAUCCCCCUCGCCUGAAACCACCGUCCACUAAGAUGCGAAGGGCCCCUCCUCCACCCAUGAAGAAUCUUAUCUGCGAAUCUGACUCAUAGCUGCGGGGUCUUUUCCAGAAUAAGUCAGACCCCUAUGGAGAUCAGGGAUUUUUGAUCCCUGUAAUUACAAGGGACAGAAAGUUGGUCAAAGAAAUAUGGCACAAAAAAAGUAGAACUACAAACAUAGUGAGGAUAAAAUGUGAAUCUAUCAAACCAUUGUCCUCAGUUAUCUCUUCGAGACUAGCUCUUUUCAAUAUCAGGUCACUGGGUAAUAAAUUAAUGUUGAUUAAUGACAACCUAUGAUCUGGACUUUUUGUUACUAAAUGAAACGUGGUUAACAGAAAGUAUCUGUAAAACCAUUUUAAAUGAGGCAACACCACCAAAUUUUUAUUUUAUGAACAAGUGCCGAAUAGGGCAAAAAGGCGGUGGUAUUGCUGUUAUUUUAAAGUCAUUAUUUCAGUGUAAAGAAAUUAUCCUUGGUGAUUUUAGGUCUUUUGAAUAUCUGUUUUUUUAGUUAAAGGUGACCCAAAGGUUAUUGUUUUAAUAAUUUAUAGGCGUCCUAGGAACAAUUGAAAAUGUAUGGAGGACUUUUCCUUAACUGCUGUCAGUUAUUUGUACUAUUUUGUCAUAAUGGGAGACUUUAACAUUCAUGUUGACAAUAACAUGGGGAAAAAAAUCUAAAGAAAUCUCUGCUGUACUAGACACAUUUGACCUCUCUUAACAUAUUAAGAGUCCAACCCACACUCAAGGUCACAUCACAGACCUGGUCAUCUCUAAGGAUGUUGAAAUUCUAUCAAUUGACAUUAAGGAUAUGGCUAUUUCUGACCAUUUUUGUGUAUUUCUGAAUUACAGAUUCUUCCAAAUUUUCAGACAACCUCUAUGUCUAUUAAGAAAAGCUACCUAAAUGAGAGUACUGCCACUAAGUUUAUGGAGACCAUUGCUGUGCCACAAACUGUGAAUGCUGAGACAGUUGAUGAACUUUUGGAUAAUUUCACCUGUAAAAUCUCAAAUGUCAUGAAUGUUGUCGCUCCUAUUAAAACUAAGACAAUCUUGAGGUGACCUAGAACACCGUGGAGGAGCACAAUUAUGGUAAAGACCUCUAAAUCAAAGUGGAGGAAAGCAGAACGUAAGUGGAGAAAAACUAAACUCCAAAUUGACUAUGACCUAUACAGACAAAGUCUUUGUAAUUUUAACCAAGAGUUAGUCAAGGCUAGACAGCAACACUUUUCUGAAAUCAUCAGUAAGAACUUCAACAAUACUCGCACUGUGUUUGCUGUGGUUGACAAGCUCACAACCCCCUGAAUCAGAUAGCUCCAGAACUCCUAACAGCAGAUAAAUGCAAUGAAUUUGCUUGUUAUUUUAGUGAAAAAAUACAAUACAUCAGGUUAAAUAUUUGCACAAAUCAGCAAAAUGAUAAAUGAUACUACAUCUGAAGCCACCCAGGAAAAACUCCAUUACCAUGUCAGAAUUUGAUACAGUUGAGAAAACGGUUCAGCAGUUGAAACCAUCAACGAGCUGUCUUAACUCAAUACCUUCUGACUUUUUCCAAAGCUAUUGCGAAGUCUGUGCUAGCUGAUUUGCAGCAAAUAAUCAAUUGCUCACUUCAGUCAGACGAGUUUCCUAAAGCUCUUAAAGUAGCUGCUAUUAAGCCUCUGGUAAAAAAUAGAACGCUGGACGCUUCCAUGUUAGCAAGCUAUAGACCCAUCUCAAAUCUUCCUUUCAUAGCCAAGAUUAUUGAAAGUUAUUUUUAAUCAACUCAGUAAUUUAUUGAACUUAAAUUGACUUUUUUACAAAUUUCAAUCAGGUUUCCGAACUCAUCACAGUACAGAAUCUGCUCUUAUCAAAGUGCUAAAUGAUAUAAGGUUGAAUACUGACUCGGGAAAGGUGUCAAUUGUGGUCUUCUUGGACCUCAGUGCGGCCUUUGAUACGGUAGAUCAUAAUUUACUGCUGAACAGGUUGGAAACGUGAGUAGGACUGCCUCACAGUUCUAAGGACCAGGGUUCAAUCCCCUGCCCUGCCUGUGUGGCGUUUGCAUGUUCCCUCCAUGCCUUGGUGGGUUUUCUCCGGGCACUCCGGUUUCCUCCCACAUCCCAAAAAACAGGCACGGUAGGUUAAUUGAAGACUCUAAAUUACCCGUAGGUGUGAAUGUGAGUGCGAAUGGUUGUUUGUUUCUAUGUGCCCUGCGAUUGGUUGGCGACCAGCUCAGGGUGUACCCCGCUUCCUGCCCGAAGAUAGGUGGGAUAGGCUCCAGCAGCCUGCGACCCUAGUGAGGAUAAGCGGUAAAGAAAAUGGAUGUGUGGAUGAGAUGGAAGUAUUCCACCUCAUCGAAUGGCAAUGACCUAUGGGGUUCCUCAAGGGUCAGUUCUUGGACCCCUCCAGUUCAGCCUGUAUAUGCUACCCUUGGGUCAAAUUCUUCAGAACUUUAAUUUUGACUAUCAUAGCUAUGCAGAUGACACACAGUUAUAUCUAACAGAGUCUCCAGAAGACUACUGUUCAAUUAAGGUGUUGUGUCACUGUCUAAAACAGAUAAAUAACUGGAUGAGCCAACAUUUUCUUCAAUUAAACCACAAUAAAACUGAGAAAAUUGUUUUUCGCAAUAAAGAAAAGAGGAUUGGUGUUAGUAAAUACGCUUUAUAAAUAAAUUUGCUUUGCUUUGCUAUAAUACCAAGUGGGCCCAAACUUAAGAUUUGAAAAUUGACAAUGAGUCAUAUCUUGCAUAGCAGUUUACCAAUUACCUCUCUGUUUGUUUCCUUCUACUUUUACCUUCUUUUCACAUUUGUUCGAAACUUGACACUCUACUAAAAUCUUUUGAGAACAGAUUGUCCCAUAGCACGCCAAAAGAAGCUUCUAUUUAUCUCAUACUGUAUGUAAAAGUGCUCUGUUGUGAAUCAGCUUUUUCGUUUUCAUACGUGCAAUGUGCGUGGCUUUGUGAAUCUUGCAGCGAUGGUAUUUACUCGGACCCGUCCUGAAAAGAUAACUGAGCACUUUUCACAUCAAAUGACUUGUUUCACCGCGACCCUUGUGAGGAUAAGCGGCUCAGAAAAUGGAUGGAUGGAUGUAUGACUUGUUUCACUUUCCUUAAACUAGCCACCCCACUCUCCCUUCUGGAGACGGUCAUCUCUGCACGCUGUUCUUUGUGUCCUUGUAUUUCAUCUUAAGGUACUGUUUACUGAGUUGUGACAUGCUUCUCAAAACCCUUAAAUGUAACCCUUUCUAUGCUGAAACGUUUUCAUUUUCUAUUGUACAUUUCUGCUUUCCUCACUGUUGAUGCUUAGUAAGCGGCUGUAUGUUUUUGUUCACUUUCAAAUGUGUUUUUUUCA